AGUUUAUAUACCACCGACCUGAAUUGAGGAUAAGGUUCCAACUACAUAGUAUCGUCAUUUUCUUACAAAAACACAAGUUUUUGAGGAUAAUGUUCUAUAAUAAAAUGAACUCUACAAUGAAGAAUCUUCUCAAAUGGAUACUUUUAUUGUCUUUCUUCACCAUCCUUGUAUCUGAUGUGACUGGGAAUGUGAAGCAAGGAACCCAACAUCAUUACAAAGAAAUGAGCAUGGGAUGUGAACCAAGGAACUCAAGAUCAUUACAAAGGUAUGUUGAAAAUGCAGAAGGAAAUGGUUCUCCCAGAUUUUCUUCUUUUCUGUAUUCUUUUUUCUUGGGUAGGAAGAUCCAAUUCAACCAUAUUCAUGCCGUUUCUCUCAGAAAAGUUCCUACUGGACCAAAUUCUGCUCAUAAUUGAUCACAAUAGAUAACCAAAAAGAGAUUAUUAUAAAUUCACAAUAUUAUGUCUAAUAAAUGAAGUCAUCGAUCGUA